AUGAGCUUCCUCUCCCGUGUGGUCACAUUCUUUGGCCUCAUCCUGCUUGUCCAUGCAGGCUACUCCGCCCACGAACACACUGUCCUUCACAGCAACCUCGCAUCCACCGCCCUUCCCCAAGAUAUCGUCCUCGAGACUCUUGUCUCCGUGCUCAUCGUCUCAAUUGGACUAGUGCUAAGUGCACAGAAGCUGAAGCCGAUCAGCUGGCGCGAAUGGGCCGGCGAGAUCGAGCGGGAUGGCGGAGCACGCAACCCCUACCUAAGUCUGGAGGAGCGGUACGGAUUCUGGGAUAUUCGGGCUAAGCGAAAGGAGUUCGCGGAUUGGGUUCGCGGGCAGGAUGUAUUGGUCAAGGAGUGA